CAAAAUAUCCUGACUCUGCAUCAUAUCUUAACCGCGCUCUUUUUAAUGAAAAAGAACAUUGGGCCUAUUGCUAUGUUUCUAAAUAUUUUACUGCUGGAAUGCAGUCGACACAGAGAGUCGAAGGUCAAAACGCUAUCAUAAAAAACUCAGUAAACAGUAGCACAUCAUUGAUUAAUCUUGCAAAACAUAUUGAUGAACAAAUUAAUC